CGACGCGUUGAAGUGUGUAACGACUGUAACGUCCCGCAUGGCGCGCAGACUGAGUCAGAAACCAUGGACACCUCAAUCGGGAGAGACCAGAGAAUUGUUCGAGGGCAAGUUGAUAUCGGUUCACCGAUCUGAGUCGAUCGCGUUUUCGGGAUCGUUCUGACUCACUCUGCCUCCAUACACGGACGCAUCUCGUGUGCCUGUCUCUGCACAGGAGGAUCGCAGUAGCCGGUUAAUUCUCGGUAAAUGGAUGCAGAUGUGCCGCCCAUCCUUCUACCGUGCGCGAUCUGCGCACGGACCUUUAUGCCGCAGUCGCUGGAGAAACACUCCAAGAUCUGCGAGCGGUCCACGAACAAGAAGAGGAAGCCGUUCGAUUCGGCUAAGCAGAGGAUUCAGGGCACAGAGCUGGCCGAGUUCCUGCCCAGGCAAGGGAAGAAACGACAUUCGCCGGACGGCAGGUCCUCGAAGCCGAAAUCCAGUUGGAAGCAGACGCACGAUGAUCUAUUGCGGGCCGUCCGCGCAGCUCGCAACGAAAUCGCAGGUUCCACAAUGCAGAAACAGUGCGGUACGACGGUUACACCAAACGCGCCGACACGCGCCAACGAGCAGGGUAUGUGUCCUACCUGUAAUAGACAUUUCGGCGUCAAAGCGUACGAGAGGCACGUGGCUUGGUGCAAGGAAAGAAUCACGCGGAUGCCGCUCAGCCCGGCGACUAACAUCGCCAAGGAACGACUCGAAGCACGGAUGAAGUAUCGUGCACCGGCAGUGAAGAGUCGCCGGCAAGCAACCCGCGAGAAAUAUUCGCCGAGUUCGCCGACGAUCACUGCCAAUAAGACGUCGCCGACAAUGCUUACAGUUAAGGCCAAGGAGUGCGCCUCGGCGCCGAGCUGCACCAAAACCAACAAUGACAGUCCUGUUAAACAAAAAUCAACUGUCGUCAAACGAAAUUCUGGUCAUGCGAAAGAAUCCAGUCCUACAGCUCCGAUGAAGUCGCGAGCAGGAGAUCGUGUAAUUAGGAAUUUAAAACUGCCAUUACGUCCCGUAUGGAGCAAUUACGUGCGCAGAAGACCAGAUUUUAGUCUCGUACUUAGCGGCAGAACCGGCAAGGAUUACGAUCCUUUUCUACUGGCAGAGCAGCAAAUGAACGACCUGCUGUCGGAUACGAGCGACAGAUCCGUGACGGACAGUCCUUCGAUCGAUCAAAAUCGCGAUUCGCUUUUUCCUCUGUCUCAUUCCUCGGCUUUCGUCAAAUAUCCAUACAAACCCUCCAUCUCGAGCCCUUCAGAAAAGCGAACGUCUUUAUUAGCGCCUCCGACGGAGUUCGACGACCUCGCUUCAGACUUUUCGAGCGAUUCCACCGAGACCAACUCGUUGUCCCGCGAAGUUUUUCUCAAAGACAGAAGGGAAUAUAAAGAUUCGACGUCUAGAUCGGAUCCGGAGAAAAAAUCUGCCGUGAGACAGUUUAGUCGACGAGUGAUCAUCGACAAGUCGAAAGCGUUGGGCAACGAAGUGAUCGACGAAAACGAUAAUCGCGGUAGUAAAAGUUUCGUCGGUAGCACGGAAAGAGCACGUAAAAUUCUCGACAAAGUAUCGCCGAAAGUUGUUCGUCCUUCGGUCAAUGUAAAUCGUUCUCUUUCGGACCGUGCCUCUUCCGCGCCCAAAGCUACGCCAACAACGGCGAACAAAGACGCGCAAAGAUCGACGACUGGUAGUUUGAAUAAUAGAAAUAAUAAUUAUGCGAAUCUGUCCAGUAGCAAUUUGAGUUUAAGCUCUAUUAUGUCCUCGGACGUGGACAUGAAACGAUCCAAUUCUAUGUUCGACGAAUUAAUGACCUCGUUCGAGGAUGAGGGCUCCUUCCCUUCCUUAAAAUCCCUCCUAAAAGAUGAAUCUUUGUCCGUGUCCAGCCCCGUUCAUGGCAGACAACGCAACGGUCAGAUCAGCGACGAUGAAUUGUCUUCUCCUGAGAGUUACAAGAAGCAGGAUCACAGUAAAAUGAGCGCGGACUCAGCUUAUAGCAGUUUAAAUCGAAAAUAUUCGUACCAUGGACGCAGCACGAACGAUGUGGCUGGACGAGGCUUCGACGAGGAUUUAACGAAGAACAACAAUCGUCGAGAAAACGAUGGAAUGACGGCGACGUCGAAAUGUAAGAUGUCCAAGUACUGCCACGAGUGCGGGUCCAAGUUCCCAGAAACCGCGAAGUUCUGCUGCGAGUGCGGCAUCAGGAGGCUCGUGCUCUGAAACAUCCGCGACCGGAUAGAACGACUUAAAGCACAAAGGGAGAUACCUACAACCUCGAGUAAAUUGUUCCAACACGUCCAUCUGAAGGCAAUGAUUCGAAGGGAGAGAUCAAAAUUGUAGAACGUCGUUUAGAAAUGAGAUUUGAGGGUGAACAAUCGCGUAAAGAAAUAGCUCGAAACCGAACGGUGAGAUCUGAACGUGAAGGAGUUGAACAUAAAGAUUGCUAUUUUGAAUACUUGUGGACGAUUAAGAAAGAGAGGAAUUUAUUCUUGCAGUUUAGAGUUAAAACUAUCUACGUAUUUGUGUACACUCUAGUCAAAAUGGUUUUGAUCGUGAAACGUAAAGGGGGUCUUAAAUUCUCAGUAUUAGAAAACGCACGAGGAUUGUGAGAGUUAAUUCGCAGAAAACGAAGAAACCCCUAAGUACCGAGUAACAUCAAUUAACAAGAUGUCCGUUGUCACUGUAGCUAGCAUAAGAGUGACGUUGAAUAUUCGGUUUGCAUAGAAUUUCGUCAGAAUCAGAUGUCCUACUAUACUUUUACAAUCGUAGGCGAUUGGAACUACACUUGUACCAUAAAUCGGUCUAAUAAUAUAAAUGAACGGGUAUGUUUAAUACGGAUACGAUUAAUUCGAUGAAUGUACGCGUUAUUAGAAGGAGAACUUUGCGUUUGCUUUUCGUUAAAAUGUAUGUACGGACGAAAGGACGGAAAACGAUGAUUUUGUAACAGUGUUCACGUUUACUUUGUUACUUGUUGGUACUUUUACUCCUGCCCCUUUUAUUCGACUUUGCGCCUUAAAAACGAGCAACGUGUUGCGACUCCGUCUUCUCUUUUCCUCCAUUUACCCUCGAACAACUUUUUUACGAAUUUUUUUUUUGUAUAUGAGUCAGCAUAACUAAUCGAAAAAAGAAGCCCGUUGCACAUCUAAUCGAAUCGUGCAUUUUACGUGUGUGUGUAUGUAAUGAAAAAAAAAAACAAUUAUAUAGCGUAAGUUUAAGAGUAUCUGUUAGAGAUAGGUGAGUUGUCGACUAGAAUGUUCGCGCUCAAAUAACAACUAUUAAUCGCGUUACUAAAAAUUAAUAAAUUCCAAACGUAUAGCAAAACGUACGAUCGACAUUUUUGAAUAAGUUUAACAACAGAUUGAAGAAAAGGGAAACGGAUAUAUCUACGGAUAAUCUAAUUAAUAUUUUAGUCCAGAAAAUACUAAAGAAGCCAUUUCAAAUAUACGACCGAAGUAAUUCUAAUUCGCCAGCCGAAUUAAUUGUACAUUGUAAUAAUAUGACAACAAAUCGUCUAUGUUUUGAACUGUAUUUUUGCAAAUGCAAUAAAGUUAUGCUUGUACGAAAACUUGA